UUACAUUUUUUAAUGCAGUAUGAUAUGGACUAUAUAGUAGUAUACUAAUAUUUUUAGAGUGAGAGAGAGAGAGAGAGGGGACUGUUCGAUCUACAAAACUUCACAGUUCAUACCCAGCUAUCUCACACACACACACUUCGCUUUCGUCGCGAAGGAAAAUUAGAAAUCAUAGAAUUAUUUUCCUUGGAUAAAUCGCAUACACAUUGUGGAUCAAGCUAGGGUUUUCAGUUGGCAUUUGCUGUCACUGGCUUUGUUUCACCAUUGUUAUUAAAUCGCAGAGAAGAGAGAGAGUUUCGAGAUCGUCAAUCAGUAUUCCCCUCUCUUAAUGCGAUAGGUGUGUUAUGGCAACGAAAAUAAACACUGGUGACAGUAGGACAAGGAGUUCUGUAUCUAUCUUUAUAGUGGUUGGCCUGUGCUGUUUCUUUUAUUUACUAGGAGCAUGGCAAAGAAGUGGGUUUGGGAAGGGUGACAGUAUAGCCCUGGAGAUGACAAAGGGUGGGGCAGACUGCAAUAUCAUUCCAAAUCUGAAUUUUGAGACCCAUCAUAACGGUCAAGCUGGGGUCAUCGAUGAAUCUGAAUCAAACGCUAAAGUGUUUAAACCAUGCCACCCUCGUUUCACUGAUUACACACCCUGCCAAGAUCAAAAGAUUGCGAUGACCUUCCCAAGGGAGAAUAUGAUUUACCGAGAACGGCAUUGUCCUCCUGAAGAAAAAAAGUUAAAAUGCCUUAUUCCAGCACCCAAAGGAUAUGUAACUCCAUUUCCAUGGCCAAAGAGUCGUGACUACGUACCCUAUGCAAAUGCACCAUAUAAGAGCUUGACAGUUGAGAAGGCUAUUCAAAACUGGAUUCAGUUCGAGGGCAAUGUAUUUAGAUUCCCAGGUGGAGGAACACAGUUUCCUCAAGGGGCCGAUACAUAUAUUAAUCAGCUUGCUUCUGUGAUACCAAUUGAGAAUGGGACGGUUAGAACUGCUCUGGACACUGGUUGUGGGGUUGCUAGCUGGGGUGCGUACCUUUGGAAGAAAAAUGUUAUAGCUAUGUCAUUUGCACCAAGGGAUUCACAUGAAGCACAGGUUCAGUUUGCUCUUGAAAGGGGUGUACCUGCUGUUAUUGGUGUUCUAGGAACAAUAAAGAUGCCCUAUCCGUCAAGGGCUUUUGACAUGGCUCAUUGUUCUCGAUGCUUAAUUUCAUGGGGAGCAAAUGAUGGGAUGUACAUGAAGGAAGUUGAUCGAGUUCUUAGACCUGGCGGCUAUUGGGUGCUCUCAGGUCCCCCAAUCAAUUGGAAAAAUAACUACAAAGCAUGGCAGCGUCCCAAGGAGGAACUCCAGGAGGAACAGAGAAAGAUUGAAGAGAUUGCUAAACUUCUUUGCUGGGAGAAAAAAUCUGAGAAGGGUGAAAUUGCUAUAUGGCAGAAGACUAUGAAUGCUGAUUCUUGUCGUGCCACCCAAGAUAAUUCUCAAGCUACAUUAUGCAAAUCUGCAGAUGCAGAUGAUGUCUGGUACAAAAAGAUGGAGGCAUGUGUAACCCCAUAUAUCAAUGAAGUUCCUGGUGGAGAAAUAAAGGCUUUUCCUGACAGGCUUUAUGCUGUUCCUCCCAGAAUUGCCAGUGGAUCUGUUACUGGAGUCUCUGUUGAGACAUACCUGGAGGACAACAAAAUGUGGAAGAAGCAUGUAAGUGCUUAUAAAAAAAUUAUUAAAAUUCUUGACUCAGGAAGGUAUCGCAACAUUUUGGAUAUGAAUGCUGGGUUGGGAGGUUUUGCUGCGGCACUUGAUUCACCUAAACUGUGGGUUAUGAAUGUUAUGCCCACUAUAGCCAAGAAAAAUACAUUGGGUGUUGUAUACGAGCGAGGAUUGAUUGGCAUCUACCAUGACUGGUGUGAAGCUUUCUCCACAUACCCAAGAACAUAUGAUCUAAUCCAUGCCAAUGGUGUUUUCAGCUUGUACAAGGACAAAUGUAAUUUUGAAGACAUUCUUCUGGAGAUGGAUCGGAUUUUGCGACCAGAAGGUGCAGUAAUAUUCCGUGAUGAGGUUGAUGUGCUAAUAAAGGUGAAAAAGAUAAUAGCAGGAAUGAGGUGGGAUACUAAAAUGGUGGAUCACGAGGAUGGUCCCCUCGUUCCCGAAAAGAUACUGGUUGUUGUCAAACAGUAUUGGGUUACCGGGGAAAACAACUCAACGGCCUCACUAUGAAUGCUAUAAAUGAAAAGGUGGAACUCUGGCACAAUCCCGAGCUAGCAAUUCGCCUGCCUUCUACACAAGCCGAUGCAUGAAAUAUUCUUUUACCCACUUGGCGUUUUUGAUGAAAUUGGGUUCACCCCAAGGAGGGGACUCCAUGAUGUAUUUUUAACCAGAUGAUAAUUAACCUGUAAUAUUUAUGAUUAGCUAUAAAUGUUCUACACAUGUAGGAUUUAUGUUGUUUACAUUGUACUGUGCAAUGUCUCUGCUCGAGCUAAUGAGAAUACUGGUUUCGGCACAA